GUAACUCAAUGCAUAAAAUAUUCCCAAUACAUGGAAAGUUGAUAGAAAGCGGUUUUGUUUGUCAAAUCGAUAAGAUGUGAGUUUUGGUAUCAUGAGUCGCAUUUGGAGAUCACCAAAGGCAGAUAAAAAUGUCCCAAGCUGUCCUAAAGUUGAGAAUUUAACAGAACUUGACAAGCUUUAUCUUCUUCUGGCUGAACACAGCCUUGGAGAUAGCUUCAAUGUGUUGUGUUAUGACCUGAAAAUCCGUUCUAUUAAUGAUUUGAAUGGAUUAGAUGAUGAAGCACUGAAGAGACUUAGAUUUCUUAAGUUUGGUAAAGAUCAGCUGAAACAACUGCCACAGAAAGUAGGGAAAAAUGAUUUUGUUAGUUUGGCACUGAAAUAUGGGAAACUUCCUUACAGAGCCCAAUUAGAGUCCCAUGGAGUACCAUUUAUAUCUGUGGAUGAAAUUCAUGUUGUGAAGAAGACUGCGUCAGGACCAGUAUCAGGAUCUGUUUUUGAAGCCAUCUGGACAAAAUCUAAUGGAGAGAAGAUUCGAGUUUGUUUGAGGUAUGAUCGAGGUCAAGCCCAAAGGAAGCAUUUUCUCCAUGAGGCAGAAUUAACAGCUUCAGUAAAUCAUGAGAAUCUCCUUCAUCUUUAUGGAGUGAUUCUUCCAGGACUGUACACUGACUCUGUAGCUCUGGUGGUAGAUUUUGCUGAAUAUGGGAACAUCAAUGAAGCCAUGCCACUACAGUCAGUGUACAGUCUGGUGAAGGUGAUUACCCAGAUUGCAGCAGCCUUGGAAUACCUUGACAGUAAAGGUCUGGUUCAUAUGCGAAUAACACCUGUUUCUGUGUUUGUGGUUGCACCGGGCAAGGCCAAACUGGGAGGACUCUGGGGAUGUUUUCGAAGGGACCAAAAAGAGAUGACUCAAUCCUCUGUCAAAUCUUCUACAAAAAAAGGGGAGGUAGUCUGCUGGUUUGCACAAUUUGCUAAAGACAUGUUUCGAACUUUGGCAUUCCAUCAAGAUUUUUUAUCCUCCACAAGAGAAAAGCUUGUUAAUAGAGCCCUCAUGCCAGAUGUGCUGAAGAAUUUAUUUGAGCAAUGCAAUGCAAAAAACCCAAAGAACAGACCACGAAUGUCUGAUGUAGCAAAAACUCUUUCAACGUUUUCUCUUCCCAAGCUACUGGUCAAAGCGGAUUGUAAUGGUCAAACAUCACACAAACUCAGUUGUAAAAAGGGGGAAGUUAUUCUACUGAUUUCAAAAGCAUUUCACUUUUUGGAAGAGAAAGUGGCCAGUUCUUCGGGAAAUGAGGCGUGGCUGUGUGAAAAAAGGAAUGGUUCGAUGGGUUUGCUUGAUCCUUCAAACGCAGAAGAACUCCUUGGACACGAAGAUAUCAGUUGGGAAACGCUGAAUCAAAAUGUCGAAGAAGAGCCAAGUCAGACCUCAUCAGAAGCAAAACCUGACAAAGACUCGACUGUUCCUCCCGAGAUCCAAGCGCGUGGAAUCGAGGCAAAGCAUGCUUUCCAGCGAGCACUCAAAAAGGGUAAGGUCCGGGUGUAUCGUGGGCGCGUCAUGCUGAUUGGCCAGAACAGAGCCGGAAAGACAAGUUUAAAGAAGUCGCUACUGGGUUUGAAGUUUGAUCCUGGAGAGGAAAGUACUGAAGGAAUUGAAGUAGACCCGUCCCGCUUCGAAUUGGACGUUGACCGCGUGAUGAACUGGCAGCUUGUAAAGAACGAGAAAUUUACGUCUGAGUUUGCGGAUGAUAUUGCAAGACUUGUUGUGGGCGAGUUGCGCUCAGGGGACGAGGAAAAGAAACCAGAGGUCAACUCCUCGGAAGUCGAGCCUGUGCAAACUGACGUCACACAGGGAGCAUCAGCGCCACAGAGUGACCAGGUAGCAGCAACAAGUUUUGCAGAACAGGACUUCCCUGCAGACACCCCUUCGGAUCAUUCGUCUGCUGCUGGCGCCGGCCUAGCUGAGUUGUUACAAGAUGCAGAGCGGUUUCACAUUGAAGUUGACAGUUCGCGGACCGUGCCUGAAGAUGUCAAAUCUCUAGUGGCUAAAUACUUAGAGAGUCAAGCAGGCGGUGAACAACAGGCAAGCGAUAGAGAGACAGUUGUCACGAUUUGGGACUUCGCGGGGCAACAUCUGUAUUACGCCUCACACCCUGUGUUUCUAUCCCCUCGGGCUGUUUACGUGCUCGUGUACAACUUGAGCAAGGAAUUGAGCGCUAAUAUGGAGCCCUGUGUUCGUCAGGGCGUUCACGAUUUUAUUCCCCACUCCAGUGGUGACGAAACUAACUUGGACAGCAUUCUAUCGUGGCUCGUUUCUAUACACAACCUUAGUGCAGAGGUUAGGGCUAAAGAGAAGGACCAGGAAGAGGAACAGCCAUAUUUGAGGCCCCCAGUGAUCAUAGUGGGUACUCACGCAGACAACCCGUUCGAGGACCCUAAACGUAUGGAGACCCAAAUCAAAACGAGCCUUUCUAGGAAGACCUACGCGCAGCAUGUUCGCAGACCGUUUUACCGAGUGGAUAACACGCGGUCUGGGGAAGACGAGGGUGUCCGGAAGGUGCGACAGGAAAUUAGAGAGGUCCUACGCUUGGAGCCCUACAUGGGAGAAGACGUUCCCGUACGCUGGUUCAACUUCGAGAGGGUCGUGGAGGCGCUGGUCCAACAGAAAGUUUUCUACCUGAAGGUUUCUCAGUUGUACUUCAUCGUGAGUAAGACAUGCCUUAUCGAGGAUGAGACGGAGAUGGUUGCCAUGUUGGACUUUUAUCAUGACUUGGGUAUUGUAAUCUGGCAUGGUGACACUGUGGUGCUUCAAACACAAUGGCUGAUUCAUUUGUUUAGGAAACUCAUCACUAUACGACCCUUUGAUGAACAGAAUCCGCGGCAUGCAGCAGCCUGGAACGAGCUGGAAGAAACCGGCCUUUUGAGCAUGCGCUUAGUUGAUCACGUGUUUGCUGAAUUCUUGUGCGAUGGCCAGUCACAGAACGACAUUCUGUGUAUGAUGGAAAUGUAUGGCCUGAUUGCAAGAUUCACACCUAAAAGUGAAGCUGGAGAAGAUUCGCCGGCCGUCAAGUAUUUUGUCCCAGCACAGCUCUGUUCGUGUCCAGAGACAGAACUGGACACAACAGAGAGUGAAAUUUGUCCUCUGUACAUCAACUUUGCGGAUGGUUUUCUCCCACAUGGUUUGUUUCCGCAGCUGGUUUCUCGGUUCAUCUCGGUUUGUCCCGAGUUGGGCUGUACAGAUGAACCAAACCUAUUUCAAAAUCUUGCUAGGUUUAUUCUGGGCGAGAGUGAUUUAUUUCUCAUUGGCAAACAGUCGUUUAUCAAAGUAAUUCUCCAGACAAAGAACUCAGAUGACCUGGCCGGUUUGGUCCGCGAGCGUCUGGAGUCGAUUCUGAGUAGUCUAUCAAGUGACUUUGCAUGUCUUCGUAACAUGCGUUAUGAAUUCUCCGUAGCUUGUCCUUCGUGUUGCAACAAAGCCUCAACAAAGAAUAAGACCAAGUCCUGUACCGAAAACGACCGCAUUCACUUCAUUCCCAUUUCAAAUGACGGAAAAUUGAUUUGUACGAAGACUUUUGGUGCCCGUUCGCGACUGGAGAUUCCCGGUAUAGACAAAUGGCGUGGUUGUGUCAAAAACGUAAGUUAAGACUUUUCAACCUUCUUAACUUGAAAUUCUUUUAUCUAAGAAAAUACCCUGUCCUUCUUUGAGAUUUCCUU